AGCUCGCGCCGGCCUGCCGACCGUACCGGCCCUGCAUUAUUGUUUAUUUCUAAAGAAAAAGACUGUGCUCGGAACAUACCGGUAGUCCGUCUUCGUCCAAAGCAAAAACUUGAUGUUCCAGUUCCUGACCUUGCCUGUUUUGCCUGAAAAGAGAGAAAAUGAUUCGACAAGGUCAAGAUGCUAGGCCUUUCACCCUUGUUGGGAUGACCCAGGCGGAAAGGAGAGUCUUACUGGAUCUUGUUCGACAGGAGGCUCCUGCUUUACUUCACCCUGGCGCUGUCAAACGUAUACGGCCUGGUACUUGGGACCUCAUAAUGACAAAGUUCAAUGAAUCCACGUCCUGCUCUAGAUCUGUGGCCCAGCUGAAGUCUUGCCUGCAGAACAUCAUGCGUAAGACACUUCAGAAGAAGGCUGGCGCGUGCACCACUCAGCCGUCAUAUCGCAAGAUCAACUUCUUAAUUUUCGAGAAGAAUUUGAUUCUCAACCUGGGAAAGCAGCGACCGGUUGUCUUCUCCAAGCUGAAAGAUGGAAAGACACAGGCAAUGAAAAGAAAGGCAUGGACUGAAAUAAUGUGGGCAUUCAACAAAACCCCUGGCAUCAAGACUCAGCGCACGGCAAGGGAGAUUAAGAACUGCAUGGUCAACAUGACAAACAGAAACAAAGAGGUUGAUGAAUUCCUUAAGUCUCAAAUGCCAGGAUAUGCAAAGCAAACUAAUGUUGCUGAGCAGCCACACUUGGAAGGAACUGUAGUCCUAGGGGGUGUUUCACAUCCUGUAACUAACGUUCAUGGGAAUAGUGUUGCACAGAGCCCGAUGCAGUCACCCACUGAUGGCACCAUGCAAUCAUCAGGCACAAAGUCUCACAAGAAUUCUCAACAAGGCCAGAGUAAUAAUCAAAUGGCCAAACAUAGAUUCCUCUUGCCCAAGCCUCCAGGUGUACCACCAUCAACUUUCGCAAAUCAGUCAACACCCGAUCUGAUGGGUACAUGUACUGUUUCCCAAAGCAUGCAAAUGUCCCUACCACAGAAUAACAUUCAAAAUCCUGCAAAACCAGUUCGAACAAUAUCUGUUCCGCAAGUAUCUAUGACUUCAACACAGCUAUCUCCAUCUGUAUCAACUCAACCUUCCCAGAUGCCAAUGCCUCACAUGAUGCAGGCGGGUUCAGCCAUACAGGUGCAGUCAUCAACAGGACAGCCUGUAGUUUCAGUCCAUACAUCUCAAUUACAACCUUUGCAGUCCAUGCCUGUACCUUUACCUCCACCGCAAGAUUCUGUCCUCACAUCAUCAGGUUGGAUCCCUGACAAUCCAUCACCGCAUCAUCGAACUCCCUCUACCAGUAAACCCACAGGAGACACUGGUGAUGACUGUGUCAUUGAGAUCAAAGAGGAGAGUAGCUCUGAACCGGAAGAAGUCUUUGGGCUUGAGGGCGAGUCAUCCACAAUGGAGGUCCACCAAUCCCCAAUAGACAUAUCACCAAGAUAUGGAGAUCAACUCUUGAUUCCAGGUGUGAACCAAGUCAAAAAGGCAUCACCUGCCCAGUCUACACUGCCCCAACGAGCAGAGUCUUCCAGUGAUAAGGAUGGUCUGAGGAAUGUGCAGAUCACUGUCCACAGAGAUCAGGGAGGUCACCAAAACCCCAUGGAGCAGAACCAAGGAACCAGUAACAUCCCUUCGUCAAGUUUUUCAUCCACACUCCCCUGUGAGGAGACUCCAAACUCUUCUGGCUAUCUCAUACAGAGUAGCUCCCAGUUUCUUUCUCAAAACCAACUCUUCUCCCACGAUUCAAGCUGCUCCACAAAUGGACUAACGACGGAUAUCUCAACCGAGAUGCAGGACAGUGGCAUCCGCCUGUUGGAACCCAAAAAAGAUGGAGACAGUUCUCGGAGAUCCAGGCUCAAGAGGAGGAAAGAAAGUGUCGGCACUUUAAGGAAGCGUCUCUUGCAGCAAGAACAUGAUCUUCGGGUGCAAAUGAUGAGAGAGGAGCAUGCAUGGAUGUUGGAAGAACACGUGUGGAAGCGAGAGGAACACGAGCUACGUAUGAAUAUGAUUAGGAUCAACUCAAAGUUUUAAAAAUUAAAGAUAUUAGAAUCUUUAGUUCGCUUGAAACAUUGAAUAUCCACUAUUUUUUUAAAUGUUUAUUUUAUUGUGUUCGAAUUUCUGACAUCCAUCUAUCCGAAUUCAUCCAGGAAGUCGCCAUUGGAAUCAAAAGAAAAUAAUUAUUUCUUGACUCGGUCCUUAAAGACCGUUUAGUCAUGGACCUAUUACAACUGGACAUUCAACGAAUCUCCUCCUUUCGGCCAAAGACCGUCACCGCUAAUCCAUUUAUAAACAGAGCGCUGGCAGCUGACGCCCAUCAAGCCGGUUGUACAACACGCUGUCACUGAUGGACUGCGGAAAUCAAUUGUGUGCUGCUCCUACACAUUGCGAUGUUGUUCGUUCACUUUAUAAAAAGCAACACACAGCAGCAAACGUUAGCACUAUGAAAAUGAUCGCAGAAACAAGAAAACAGGCGUGCAUAAACGUAUUUCUUACGUACAUCGCUAACAACCGCUCACAAAAUGCAUUGACAUCACUGUGCAGAUCAGUAUAUCUACAGCAGAAAAACAGUUAAAAUUCGAUGGAGAAAUGUGCGGAAAAACGUUUAAAGUGCAUCUUUUUCGGACAGUAUUGAUGUCGAUAGUCGUGCUUACCUUCGGUCAGAAGUUGAUUUUCAUUUGGGCGUAAAAUUCCAGAGGAUUGGCGAAAUUUAAUAGGAUUUUUUCUGAUGAUCAGACGACAAUUGCACAAUAUUGACAGCGUGAAAUAAUGUAUUGAAAACCGGAAAUAAAUUGCGCAUUGCAUUAUAGAUAAUGCAGGGACUUUCCCUAAUCGCAGCAAUCGAGCUUACAUGACCACAUCUGGUCGAAAGAGGGCCAGAGAUCGAGCGGUGACUGUCAUGGUCCGACAAGGGAUAGAGUAAACAAUCGCCCCGGGCGCUAAUCGUAAAAAAAGCGCAAAGAGAAAGUCAACUGUGUGACAGCAAUUUUGACAGCUGGAAACAAGUGGUGGCCAUAAAAUGCUCUUGUUGAAUGUCCAUUUAUAAUAGGUUCAUCAAGUAUAACAAAUUUGUGUGAUUUUUAGAAAAAAAUUGAUAAUUUGCCAAAUUUUAUGUCACAUCAAUUCAAUAUUACUUCCAGUAGAUGAAGUCUCAUGUAAACUGCCAUGCCCAUCAUGGUUUACGCAUGCGAGUGUUCCCAAGGUUUUGUCAUGCCAAUAAAAAUGGAUGCAAACAGUUCUCAUUUAUGUAGAAUGUCUCCCAUGAGUUCAAUUACCUGAAAAGAAAUCAUGUGCUCUUAGACUGAUGAAAUUAUAUUACAUUAAUUUCGCAUUUGAUCGAGAUCAAAUUUUCCUCAAUGGAUUUGCAACAGGAGAUCCGAAGUACAUUUUGUCUCGCCUGAAGAAAGUUCUGCAGAGACCUAGUAAUCACUUUUCCUCUUGGUCUGUUAGUCUGUUAUUGUCUUGCCUGAAUGAAUUUCGGCAGAGACGUAGCAAUCACUUUUCCUCUUGGUCUGUUACAAAAAUGUUAAAGGACAAGUCCACCCCAACAAAAAGGUUGAUUUGAAUAAAAGGAGAAAAAUCCAACAAGCAUAACACUGAAAAUUGCAUCAAAAUCAGAUGUGAAAUAAGAAAGUUAUGAUAUUUUAAAGUUUCGCUUAAUUUCACAAAACAAUUACAUGCGCAUCCUUGUUGGUAUGCAAAUGAGCCGACUCAUUACCUACUCACUAUUUCUUUUGUAUGUUACCAUAUGAAAUCUGAAAAUUUUUAAUUUUCUCAUGUAAAACAACAUUUUUAUUCCUCCCUAAACAUGUGGAAUUACCAUUAUUUCAACAGUGGUUAAGUCAAGUUGGUCCUUAUUGUCAAAUCUGUAUAAACUGAAACAUUGUAUAAUUCAAACAAUAAAAAACAAAAGAAAUAGUGAGGGACAUCAUUGACUCAUUUGCAUAUCACUUAGUUAUGAAAAAUAAGCGGAACUUAAAAAUGUCAUAACUUUCUUUUUCUAAAUCCGAUUUUGAUUAAAUUUUCAGCGUUAUGCAUGUUUGAUUUUUCUCUAUCGAUUUCCUGGGGUGUGGACUUGACCUUUAAAGUUUUUGUUCAACUUGUUCUCAUUUCUUUAUUUCUGCAUCAAUUAAGUUCAUAGUUGGUGCAUAUGAUCCUUGGGUGGUAAUACCACAUAUGUGUUGUAGAGGAUGAUGGGGUCAAAGGUCAUCUAAUAGUCAAAGAUAUGAGGUCAUGUCCAUCAUUUAAAAAAAAUUUGUUCAGUUUGCUCUUAUUUCCGCAUCAAUUUUGAUCACACUUGGUUUAAUGAUCCUUGGGUAAUACCAUGUGUGUUAUUGAGGAUGAUGUGAUCAAAGGUCAUCUAGGGGUCAAAAGAUCAUAUGCAUAUUUUAUUGAUCGCGAAAUCAGGCGAGACUUUUGGUUUGCGAACAACCUUGUUUGAAUAUCCAUGGGUAUUCUGCGUCGACCAGCACUGCACGUCCUACCACUUUCCUUGAGAAGUGAUUGAAAGCUGCCCCACUUGUACAGACUGAGGCUGAGGCAAAGCCUCUGUGUACAUCGCUGAUGGAUAGAGCAUCAUGAUGAAAGCAAUGUAAUCUGGAUCAAGUUCACCACCUUGCUCUUCCGUGAUUCUGAGUGUUUUUCAUAUUUUCCUAUUGUAUGCUCGAGUGUGUCCUCUCUCCCUUGCGCUUAUUCACUUCUCUUUCUCUCUCUCUCUUCCCCAUCCCCUGUCCCUUCUUGUUCCCUUUCUUUCUUCUCUCCAUUUCCAUUUUUAAGCUUCUCUUUUUCCCUUUCCUUCAAUUCCCCUCUCCCUUCUUUUCAGUCUAUUUCUCUCUCUUAUUAGCAUUAGUGAUCUCGACAUUCAAAUGCUCAUAACUCUUCUAUUGCUAGUCCUAUUUUACUCAAACUUUUGUUGAUUUUAUUCUUUGAUUUUUCUGCUUUCACAAAAGCUAACUUGCUCCAAGAGUUUCAUUCUCCUUUAAUAUAUUCAAAUCUGUGACUACAUGCUACCAUCCUUAUUAGAAUAAGAGAAUGGAAUAUCUCUUCGUAAUGAUGUCAUAGCAAUGGUACGAUAUGCUAUGAUUCAAAACCAAUGCGGCCUUUACUCCAAAAUCAUCCAAAUUGUUAUAUAAGUAUUUGUACAGUAAUUUGAACCUCAAAUUCACAUUUUUAGAAAAUCUGCAAAAUGCGACUUGUUCAAAAUCAGAUGGUGGACCAGUCGUAAGGUGUGCGGAGGCCUGAAGGUUUAUAAUUUGGAAAAUCUCAAAUGCACCAUUCAAUAUUUGUUUCAUAUUCAUCAUAUAAAUAACAUCAUGUUAAAGGUCAAGUCCACCCCAGAAAAAUGUUGAUUUGAAUCAAUAUAGAAAAUUCUAACAAGCAUCAUGCUGAAAAUGUCAUCAAAAUCGGAUUUUAAAAUAAGAAAGUUGUGACAUUUUAAAGUUUCACUUUUUUUUCUCCAAACAGUUAUAUGCACAACUCAGUAGUGAUAUGCAAAUGAGAGAGUCGAUGAUGUCCAUCACUCACUAUUUCUUUUGUUAUUUAUUGUUUGAAUUAUACAAUAUUUGAAAUUUUACAGAAUUGACAAUAAUGUAGAACUUGACUGAACCACAUAAUGUUAAACAAUGUUAAUUUCACAUGUUCAGGGAUGAAUAAAACUCAAUUUCACAUGACAAGGGGGAGAAAAUCAAAAUAUUCCAUAUUUCGUAUAGUAGAAUACAAAAGAAAUAGUGAGUGGGUGACGUCAUCAGUCCCCUCAUUUGCAUACCAACCAGGAUGUGCAUAUAACUGUUUUGUGAAAUUAAGCGAAACUUUAAAAGGCCAUAACUUUCUUAUGUUACAUCCGAUUUUGACGAAAUUUUCAGUGUUAUGUUUGUUGGAUUUUUCUUUUUAUUCAAAUCAACUUUUUGUUGGGGUGGACUUAUCCUUUAAGCUGGGCCUGCUGGGAGAACAGUUUUCGGUACUGAAGUGGCUACCCUGGGUAUUAUUCUAAAUAAAAAAAUUCAGAUUACUUUUAUUUUGAAUUUGAUAUGCACUGUAUACAUGUUGUACAAACUCUUGCCGGCAUUCAUGGUUUACUCUGAAAAGAUCAAACUCUGCCAAAGUUACAGAAAACAUGCCUUAAUCGUGUUGUUGGCUUUACCAAUGAUCAGAUUUCAUUGCAGGAGAGGUCAACACCUUGUGAUUGAUACAAUCAACUUCAACUAUGGAAAGCAAUCAAUGUCAUAUUUCUUCACAUACAUGUAUAACAUGUAUACACUGUCCCUUUGUAAACCAUAAUAAGCAAGCUUCUAUUUUCCAUACUUUCUUUCAAUGCUUUGAAUGAACAUAUUGUGCAUUCUAGAUGAUGGUAUCUUUGGCUUUCCAUAAACUGAGAUCAAUUGUAUUGAUCAUAUCCAUUUGAAAAGGCCCAGGAUGAGAAAUCACACAUUCAUGUAUGAGAAUCACGAGUCAACUUACACUAAGAAAGCAUACAGAGUACCAAGUCUAAAAUUAAUGUUGUCUAAAUGAAAUUGUUCAGACUGAAAUAAACAAAAUUGUGCUGUA